AUGAGACAAGAGACAGUGUAUUUUGAUGAGCCAGGCAGUCCGGUGGUGUUACGUGUAACAGACAGUGUUCUGGAGGUGAACUUCGUGCUCGCCACUCUCUCUGAUGACUCCAAUCUCCGUAACCAUAACAACAACAACACAAAACGAGCUCGCUCGCCGCCAGCUCCUGACGACUUUAUGAACGACGACAUCGACUCCUACCUCAUCGCCAUGAAGACCAGUGAAUUAGCGGGUCCCUCUGAUGCACCCGCAGCCCGGACCCCCUCGCCCAAUCACAAACCAGCCACCUGUAGCUUAUCACAGUGCGGGGAAGAGGAGGAAGAGACAGAGGACACUGAAAGACCUCCCAAUAAAAAGAUGAGCUUUGUUGUCAAAGGGCUUACUUUCCGCUCCCUGUUUUUGGGGUCAGUCUGUCCCACUGAUUCUCAACUGACCAAUCAAACGAUCAAGAGCCAGGAAGUGCUGGCCAGCGACAGCGAGGAUGACACCCAAGCAGGGGUGGUGGAGAUGGAGCAGUGUGUGUUUGUGAGACUGUGUGUCAAUCCAUUUCGCACCACGUAUGGAAUCCCUGUGAGGACACGGACUAAUCUGAAUCUGAAGGCUGUACUAAACACACAGGAUGCUGAGUUACCCUUAUGCAGACCUUUCUAG